AUGAGCUAACGGCAUCAUUACUUUCCGCCUAUAAAAAAUAGAGCACAUCGUUUUAAUUGGAAAGCUUCUAUGACGAGAGGGAUUGCAAAGAUUCAUGCAAAGUCAGGGCACGUCAAGCAGAGGAAAAGAGCAGAUAUGAAAACGCUGCAAUCAGAGAUGGAAAUAAUAAGCGAGGAGCAAAGAGGCAAGGCAGGGAAAAGGUCAUAUGGGAAUCAAGGCAGGACGAGCUUUCCAUUUUCGAGCAGGGAAACCAGCAGUCUAGUUAAAGGGGAGAACCCCAGAGUUGCUCGAAAGAAGCUGCGCCUCCAAUCCAGGCUCCUGCAGGUUGAGGUGAUGGAAGCCGAAUUUCCCAAGUUGAAAGUGCAGAUGAGGAACUUGGCUGAGUCACUAAUGGCAGCAAGAGAAGCAGCUGAUCUGACCCAGUCAGAAUUCGCACUGCUCAUCAGGAGAAGAAAUGGGCUGAUGGAUAACCUGAUAAGGAGAAAGAAUAAGUUUUUGAAAAUGAAGGGAAUUGAAACUUUGCUGAUGCUUAAGCUCGGUUUCCUUUGAAUGGGAGAAUAAGUGAAUUGACCUUAUAUUAGAACCAAAAAUUAGAAUGUACUUCAGCUUAAUGUAUGGUUAAUAAAUGCCUAAGCACUAGAGACUUUGACUUGGGUUUUAUGAAGUUUAUGUUUGCUUUUGUUUCUGUAAUAAAAUAAUUAAAAGCGCAAUUUUUAAACUCUUGUC